AUUGUUUUUGCACCGGGCGAGUAAUCUGACAUCUAAUCUGUUUUUUUUUCGUUCAUCAAAGUUCACAGAUAACCCGUACAGCAAGAACUUGACUAAUUCCAAAUAAGCGCUAGAUACUUGCACGAAUACCGGGGAUCUUCUAGUAAACUAUCUGGUAUGGGCAAUUAUGUUGCGCGGUAUGUCACGAAUCCGGAAGCAACUCCGGAACCGCUCGUAAAACCAAGCUUUGAUGCUAAUUUCGGAUUCCCCAAUGGUCGUAAAGAACGGGUAAUGAUUGCAACGGAGCAAGAAAUGGAAGCUGCUAAGGUGCCGCUUGAGAAUCGAGACUAUUGUGCUCACAAAUUAAUUGCUCAUAUGGCCUGCCGAGCUGAUGUUUGGCCAUUUGCAUACAAAUGUGCCCACGAGAAGCAUGAUUAUCUGAACUGUCAACAUGAAGAUUACAUUUACCGAAUGAAGGAGUACGAACGGGAAAAGCGGCUGUUGCUGAGAAAACAGAGAAUCGAAAAAAAGCAAGCUCGCGAACUUCUCGCCUGAACAGCAAGGAAGAUUGUUGGCCAAAUGGCUGCAUCAAGAUUCAUGUUUGUUAAAACAUUAGCCAUUUUCUGAAACAGAUCUACCACAAUCAUAAUCUGUAUAUCAGCCGAUUCGUUAAUAGAAAAAGGAACCGAUAUAGGAAA